UGUCAAACAUUGAAUGCAAUGAAUACUGUAUUGAAUUGAUUAGUGUUUUCAUUAGUUUUCACAACAAAAACAAACAAAACAUUUAUUAUUGUUUUGAUUUCAGUAAUAAUUAUUUGUUAUUGUCUUCAAAAAUAUGUCAUCAAAUAAAGCAAUAAGUUGUCCACCGAUGAUGACAGUGAAGAGCCGUUUACGAAGAUAUUUAACAAUUCAUUAUAUUACAUCAAAUAAGCCGUUGGGUUGGCCACCGAUGAUGAGAUUUAAGAGCCGAUUGCGAAGAUAUUUAACAAUCCAUUCUCAGAGAAGACAAUCGUUUGAUCGUUUCGGCGAUGAUUUAUCACAGCUAUUGUUAUCUUAUCUAUCUAUUGAUGAUAAGUUGAGAUUUGAAUCGGUGUCCAAACAAUGGCAUCGAUUGAUACUACAGACUGUCGAUGAGAUUAUAUUUAACAAUAAUUUUCGGCUAAUAACUGGCGAUUCGUUGGUCACACUGUUGAAGAAGUGUCCAAACAUUACACGCAUUGAAAUUGCAGACAAAUUAUAUCUGUUGUCAUACUUUAGUCAAUACUGUCAACAUUUGCGACACAUUUGUAUUACCGGUAAUACUAAUGGAUAUAUUGAAGUCAAUGACGACGACAACCAACAAUUGGCACCAAUUAUUGACAACUUUUUCGUUAUAUUUGCCAAACAAUUGCUGACAAUUGAUGUGAAGAAAUAUAGAAGAUGUCAACCACUCGGCAAUGCAUUGUACAGACAUCUUAAAGACUGUGUGAACCUAUCAGUGUUUAACAACAGAUUAACCCAUUAUAGGUAUCAUAUCUAUCGGCACUUUUUCACUGUUGAACCAGUUUUCCGAAGACUAACCACAUUUGCGAUCGACAUUUUUAACCAAAAAUUUCUUAAUAUAUUUGAACAAAUUGUUUCACUAUAUGCCAGACAAUUGACAUCAUUGACAAUAUUGAUACUAUUUAAUGACAACCAAUUAUAUCUUAAAUCAUUGACUUGUUUGUCACAAUUAACACAAUUAACUGAUUUAACAAUUAGUUUGUACGACGACUUCGGUUAUUUGUUGCCACAAAUGGGACAACUGUUGCGAUCAAUCGGUCUCCAGUGUCGCCGAUUGAAGCGAUUAUCACUAACUAUAGGAUCAGUUAAUAGGAGUGUUUAUAAUGGCUGCGAUAUAAUGAAAACUAUUUGCCAUAACUUUAAACAAUUAAAGAGACUGUAUUUGUAUGGUGGUUCACUUAAUAACAUUGACUUUAUUGGAUCUAAUAAUAAUUAUAAUAAUAAUACGAUAAAUGGUUUCAAACAAUUAACACAUUUGACAAUCUUAUCGAAAAAGAUGUCGACAACCGAUCAGUUUAUCGGUAAUAUUGCCGCUAACUGUCCGCGACUUCAAUACAUACGAUACAGCGGUUAUCGCAUUGAAACAAAUGAAUUGAAAUUAUUGAUCAAACGAUUGACACAAUUGCGUACAAUUGAGUUACAAAAUCUAGACGAAGACAUUGAUUAUUCAUAUCUUAAAUCAAUUAAAAUGUUUCGCAAAAGUGGUAAUAUUUUUUGUCUUUAUCUGUAA